CGCUUGCAGCAGCAUAACAGACCGCCCAGAAAACGGCGUUCAACUGACUGGGGGCUUUCCACGUCUUUUGGUGCAUGGGAUCGUAACGUUGAACGGUAUAUUUGAUAAGCUGUUCGAGGGAUCCAUCAAGAGACAGACCAGCCCACUUGAUUUUUCUCAACAGUAUUCCUUUCACCGAUUGCGAUAUUUUUUCCUCAGACGCCUCUGCCGAUUGAGCACAGACCGAAGGAUACGAACGAUAACGUUAGGGGAGACAGCAGGCAAAAACCGCGUAUUUCAGGAUUUCAUCACUACGAGACUAAAUUAUCAACCUAGAUUCUGCUGAUGCGAUAUUCGGGCGCCUGAACAUGGUACAUUCACCGAGCAUGAACUUCAAUUCCGCUGGCUGAGUUCUUUGGUAUGUGGUAUUUACAUCGGAGAAGGAAACCCGGACCGUAGUUAAGGCUACACGAUUGACUCGGAUUGUUCGAAAUACGCGUUGCUGUCAUUUGCCUGUCGUAGGAUAACAACCCUGAUGUUUUCUUUAAGUGUAUUCCAUGCAGAAGAUAGAUCACAAUUACAUCCGUGUGUUCGUGCAUAUGAAGGGGACAGAGGACGAAGCUUCCGAUUAUGAUGUUGCAGUUUUGGCACAGCUCAUAGCGCGUUGUCUUUGGUGACAUUUCUCUGCCUGCUCACAAAGAAGUGGAGAUAAACUUUGUAUGACAAAUGCAUGUCAAAUUGCUGGAAUCAAGAUACCUUUGAACUCACCCAAGGACAUACUGUAAAUGCAUAUCUGAAUGUGGCUGCCGUAUUGUUCUGAAGAUGUCUGAUUUUAUAUCCAUCCAAGUUGGCAGCCUAUAGUAUCCACAUUCUUCAGAGAAGGCAGUAUACUUUUCCUGUGCAAAUUAGCCAACUGUGGUUUGACUGUGACACCAUUUGAGAUGCAACUAUUGGCACACAUGCUUGCAAAAUUGUUGACGUAACCCUUGCCCAUGUAAAUUCAAUUGAUCAGGAUAAGGGUCCUGUCAGUGCGCUCUCUGCUUGACAGAGGACACACGCAAGUGUUAGUGUUAGCGACAUCGCGUCAACUUUUAAUGUUUUCAAGUGAAUACAUUGUUUUGUGUUAGGGUUUGAUAUUGCCAUCAUUGGCCACAUUUUCAAAGUGCACCAGCUAAAGGGAUUUUACGGAAUUUAAAUGGUGUUCCGAAAGUUACCCGGUGUGUCGGCAUCGGGCAUGGGUCUGCGCCUUUCUCAGAAAUUCGUGUUUCUUCUCUUUUUGUCUGGGUUGGUAACUCUAUGUUUCGGGGCCCUAUUCUUCUUACCCGAUUCCGUCCGUUUGAAGCGGAUUUUCCUACCGAGGUCAGACAACCAAGCCGUGACGGUUGGCUCAGAAAAUGAUGCCAAGGAACAUUCAAAAAAGAUACCCCGGGAGAUGACGGCUAAGGGUGACAGCACUACGAAACUCAAAAUAAUGAGCCGAAAGCAGUCUGAUGCCCAUGAAGCACGUACAGUGGAGAGAUCCGUAGGAAAUAAACCACCCGAGGAAUGGAACCCAUCUAGGACAAAGACAGAACCAGUCGCCCGGGCUCGGGAAUCUGUAACCGGGGGAGAGAGAGUGACCACGACAACCCAGAAAGGUCAAAACAAGGAUACCUUCGACUUCGAGAAAUUCAAACAGUGUCUACUCAAAGCGCCACUGGGGAAGGAUAAUGGCAAGCCGAGUGACCCGCAAACCCUAGAGCGCCGGGAGAAAGUCAAAGAGAUGAUGAAGUUCGCCUGGGACAACUACAAGGUCCACGCCUGGGGCAAGAACGAACUCCGCCCCCUGACCCGCAACGGCCACAUCGGGAACAUGUUCGGGGGUUUGCGCGGAGCGUCCAUUGUUGAUUCCCUGGACACGCUGUACAUCAUGGGACUCAUGGAAGAAUACGAGGAAGCCAAGAAAUGGGUGGAGACUGACCUGGACCUGAACUCGAAUGGCGAGGCCUCUCUCUUCGAGGUGAACAUCCGUUAUGUUGGAGGCUUGCUGUCUGCCUACUACCUAACUGGAGCAGAGGUCUUUAAGAGGAAGGUGCUGGAGCUGGGAGAGAAGCUGCUGCCCGCCUUCAACACGCCCACAGGCAUCCCUCGAGGAGUGAUCAAUUUGGGGAGCAGUGGCACCAGCUGGAGCUGGGGAUGGGCUUCGGCAGGCAGCAGCAUCCUGGCCGAGUUCGGCUCCCUCCACCUGGAGUUCAUGCACCUCUCUGAGCUCUCGAACAACCCCAUCUACACAGAGAAGGUGAUGAAUAUCCGGAAGGUUCUGAACAAAAUCGAGAAGCCACACGGCCUCUACCCCAACUUUCUCAGCCCUGUCAGUGGAAACUGGGUCCAACAUCACGUCUCCAUCGGAGGCUUGGGCGACAGCUUCUACGAGUAUCUGAUCAAAUCCUAUCUCAUGUCAGACAAGACGGACGAGGACGCCAAGAUGAUGUACUACGGCGCUCUGGAGGCUAUAGAGACCAACCUGGUGCAGAAAUCCCCCGGCGGGCUAACCUACUUGGCCGAGUGGAGAGGGGGGAUCCUGGACCACAAGAUGGGCCACCUGGCCUGCUUCUCUGGGGGCAUGGUUGGCAUCGGGGCGGACGACGGACCCCAGGAGAAGAGGCAGCACUAUUUGGACCUGGCAGCCGAGAUCACCCACACCUGCCAUGAGUCUUACGCCCGCUCAGCUACCAAGCUGGGACCAGAGGCAUUCCGGUUCGACGCAGGGGCGGAAGCCACGGCAACACGCCUGAGCGACAGAUACUACAUCCUGCGGCCCGAGGUCAUCGAGAGCUACAUGUACAUGUGGCGUCUGACCCAUGACCCCAAGUAUCGCGAGUGGGGCUGGGAAGCCGUGGAGGCCCUGGAGAAGCACUGUCGCACUGAGGGCGGCUUCUCCGGCAUCAGAGACGUCUACUCGUCCGUGGCCAGCCAUGACAACAUGCAGCAGAGCUUCUUCCUCGCAGAGACCCUCAAGUAUCUGUACAUGUUGUUCUCGGAUGACGACCUGCUGUCACUGGAGGACUGGGUGUUCAACACAGAGGCUCACCCCCUCCCCGUCGUCCGUAAGAAUUGUCUGCAGUCAGAGACUGGGACCCAAAACGCAGGCAAAUCCACAACCGAGUAGCCAGCCGACGGCUGCUCCGAACACCACCUGGAUACAGACAUUAUACACCCGACAGCGCCAUACACACUCAAACACACACACACACACACACACACACACACACACACACACACACACACACACACACACAUACACACAUACACACACACACACACACACUCAAAGACACACACACACACACACACACACAAACUCAAAACACAGCCGUAACCCCCCACACACAAACACACACGCACACACACACACACACGAAACAUUCAGUACAAACGUCCAUGAGUUAGGACAUGUCCACCAAUACACACAUUAGCCGACCAACACACAGGGCUGAGGCCUCAGGGGCCUUGUGACGGACACUCUGCUCCUUCCCAGCGAAGGGUCUGGUCAUUUAACGCCGUGAUUGUAGAACCUCGGGCCCGGACGUCUCUGUAGAGGCCCACAGGGGGCGCCGGAGCAAAUUAAUUUUUUUUCUGCGGACAAUCAGACAGGCAGGACUUUCAUGAGAAGAGCACCUUUUUUCUUUCCUUCUUUCCUCCGUGAGGAAAAAAAAAUAUAAAAAUAAAAAAAAAGAAGAAUGGAAUAAUCCACAGAUUUGUAUGAGGAUUGUUGUGACAUUGAGUUAUAGUGUGAGAAAAUGAUGGAGAGAGAGAGAGAAAGAGAGAGAGAACCACUGCGCUUUUCGUUUGAUUUUUCUAGUCUUCACAUUUACUUUUCAGAUUCUUUUCUUUUUCAUUCUUCUCAUUAUACGCAAGCUUCUCUGAUCUUCAUGCCAUACUUACUUUUUACUCUCUGACCAAAGUAUUAUUUGUUCUCCACUGAAUGGAAAACUUCUAUUGUUUUUGUCACCGGGAGCGAUUCACACAGAUUGCAGCCAACAGUACACUGUACCACUGUUUCUCUGUCAAACAGGUACAAACAGUAAACACGCUGAUUGACUUUGUGUCAGAUGAACGUUUCCCAGACUUAGCGUUAGCUUUCUCGUGCUGUUCAUGAAUCUACUGAGUCUGUGUGAAUCUCAACUCAGCUAUGGAAAAAAAAUGGCGUCUUUUCAACCCUGUCUCUGUUUUUCGAAAAAAAUAAGUGGACCAAUUUUUUUAAAAGGUGAAGUAGAAUUGAUUUAUCUUUCCCUCAGAAAUGUAUAGAUUCAGAGUAAUGUAAUGUGUAAAAUGAGUUUUCAAGGUAUCGUUUAUGCUGGCUUUUCAGAUGAAAAGAAUGAUGGAGGCAAGGAAGCGAACCGGAAAUGGUUGACCAUUUCCUUCAUGUGCGGAGUUUAUUUUGUGUUUGUUUGUUAGUUUGUUUGUUUCUGCCGAUGGUGUUGUGUUAUUACGAGCUCAUAUCUGUGUUACACGCUGAGCACUGAGUCUCAGGAUUGCCACAUUGUCAGGCACAUUGUUGUGUGUGACACUGUCAGUAACAGUUGUAUGAACAUUUACUCUGCCACAAACACACACACACACACAUAUCCCUCUCCAUACACACACACACACACACACACACACACACACACACACACACACUAUUCUUUACACAUACACAUCUUUACACAUAUGCUGCACAAAUACAUAGAGUAUACACAUACUUUUGCCAACAAAUUUUUGCCAAUACCUUGCACCAUUCUCUGUCUCCGAAAGAAAUUCUUGUCAAAAGUCUCGUCAAAAAAACUGAGUCUGGUCUUGAGGACCAAGGUAUCUUUCUUUGUCCGUCAUUUAACACACAGAGAUAUGGGAGAAUGUGCUGUACAGAAAGCCAAUGAAUGUGAGUGAUUCCUGGUAUUAAUCAAUGUGUUUUGCUUUUCUUUCCAUCUUUUGGGGGAGGGGGAAUUUUCUUUAUUUUUUGCAUAUUGAUGUCAUUCUUAUUCUUUUAAUAUAUACAUUGUUUGUUUGUUUUUUUCAUUUGAUUCCCUCAGGUGUUUCCGUAAAAAGAGAGGAGAAACAAACAUUUUAUUAUAAUUACUGCUACUAUGAAUUAUUGUUAUUAAUUCUUAUCGUUGAUUUGACCUGUCUUUCCUUGUUGAGUAUUUUCCAAUACUGGUAAAAGACCUGUGCAACUUUGUACAUUUAAAACAAUUGCAAACGUA